AUGAGUGGAUUGUUACGAACCACAUCCCGUUCAGAAGAAGAGAAUGGUGUUUACGGCAAGUUCACUCGUCCAAAUUCAAGUUUGGUAGAGUUCUAUAUGCAAUUUGAGAGCGUGCUCGCAACACAACGAUACCGACAGUCUAAAUUGAAUGCAGCGUGCGAGGGAUACUUGCCUGAAUUUAAAACUCCAUUUGCACUUGAGCGUCACAUUGCAGAAGUGUUCACGAUAACUAUUUUUUACAAGCUGCAGACAGAGCUCGAGGCUGCUUGUUUUUAUUGCUGUGUUGUAGGAAUACAUCAAGAGGGUGAGAGCACCAAUUACACCAUCAAAGGCGAAUACAACUCGAAUUUCAUCGUGCAGUUCAACCCGAGGGGCCCUGAUGCAUCAUGCAACUACAACAUGUUCCAACGAAUCGGCAUGGUGUGCCGUCAUAUGUUCCUUGUUUUCCGGGGGGCACAGAUAGAGCAAUUACUGUCGAAAUACGUUACCCGUCGUUAG